UACCCCGGUUACGAACUGCAUCCGGCUUACGGCGCCCGACGGUCGGCGUCUCGAGUAUCCAGCGUACAGGUUGUCAAUGGAUCCCCCAAUCUCACGCGCUCGGUCCCUCUUGUCCAAGACUCCGAGUGGGAAGUUGCGCGUCAAAUCCUUUCGUUUCCUGCGAGGUUUUUUGCUGUGGCGAACGUGUGGAUUGCUUACCAAUCGGGAUUCUUGAGCUCGAUAAAGGAGGAGGGUAUCGUUCCAACUUUGGCAUUUCCUAGGUCUUUCUUGUGAUAGUUCAGGAAGGGCUCGUGAUUCUGGUGAUUUUUGGUGAGGUUGGGAUUUAAAUUUGAAGUGGGUUUCUGUUCGUUUGUAUUUCUGAAACAAGAGAGGGAAGAGAAGUACCAGUAUUGUUGGGUUAUUGGGGUUUUCUGGAUCAUUUUUGGAGAUGGCGGAAGACACGGUGAGAUCGCAUUAUGUGAAGCUGAGAAAGGACAAUGAAGGGCCGGUCGAGGAGAUCGUGACUGGGGAGCUGAAUCAGGCCAUUCAAGUUCCUCAGUUACUUGUGCAUAAAUGUCGUGAGUGCGGGCAGCCGCUUCCUGCUAACCAUGAACCACCUGCUGAUGAGCCCUGGACUACUGGGAUAUUUGGAUGCACAGAAGAUACUUCCAGCUGCUGGCAUGGACUGUUUUGCCCAUGUGUGCUAUUUGGUCGCAAUGUUGAAAAUUUGAGGGAUGACAUUCCUUGGACUAGACCUUGUAUUUGUCAUGCCAUAUUUGUUGAGGGUGGCAUAGCACUUGGAGCAGCAACUGCAAUAUUCCAUGGCAUUGACCCCUCAACGUCAUUCCUGAUCGGUGAAGGAUUGCUGUUCACUUGGUGGAUGUGUGGCAUCUACACGGGCCUGUUUCGACAAGAGUUGCAGAGGAAGUAUCAUUUAAAGAACUCGCCAUGCGAUCCAUGUAUGGUUCAUUGUUGUAUGCACUGGUGUGCACUUUGUCAAGAGCAUCGAGAAAUGAAAGGGCGCCUGGAUGAUGACGUUGUUACACCCAUGACUGUUGUGAAUCCACCACCUGUGCAAGAAAUGAAGCAGCCUGAAAUCCAGACUCCGGCAAGACAAAAUGAUGUUGAUCAGACCGAUCUGGAGAUGCAAGCUUUGUAGUUUUGGCUGCAAGCAUAAGCAUGCUGGCUAUCUAUAACCUUUAUCAACACUCGCUGGACACACAGGAAGCCUCAGGCGCACUUGCCAUCUUACAUCCAUUCUUGCUGCUUCGGAUGAGCAUGCAAGAAGUUUGCUGUGCAAAAUGUAGCUUCAUCUAUACCUCUGCAUCGUUUUUGCAUCAUUGGUCUCGUGAUGAAAAUUUUCUUUCAGUUAGCUUGUUUGUUCAGGGAAGUUGUAGACUGAAAUAUUUCCUUCUUUACUUUGUGUAUAGUACUUCAUUGUUAAAGUUGGACCUCUUAGGAGUGCAACUCUCCCUUGAAAAAAGGUUUAUAUCACUGAAUCA